AUGCUGCGUGUAUUAACCAGAUCAUUCGCUAAGUAUAUCCGUGACAAGCCUCACUUGAACGUUGGCACUGUAGGACACAUUGAUCAUGGUAAAACUACUCUUACCGCUGCUAUCACACACUAUCUCCACCAAAAAGGCAUGGCUGAAGAAAGGACAUAUGAACAAAUCGAUUGUGCUCCUGAAGAAAAAGCCAGAGGUAUUACCAUCAAUACAAGCACCCUUGAAUAUCAAACAGACAAGCGCCACUAUUCUCAUAUGGACUGUCCUGGACACGCUGAUUAUGUUAAGAAUAUGAUUACUGGAGCUGCGAGAAUGGAUGGAGCCAUUCUUGUAGUUUCUGCUCGUGAAGGGCUUAUGCCUCAGACAAGAGAGCACGUCCUAUUGUGUAGGCAAACUGGAGUAAAAAGCAUCGUGGUCUUUAUGAACAAAUGUGACUUACUACCAGACCCUGAGCUUCAAGAAAUCGUAGAAAUGGAAGUGAGAGAAGUCCUUAAUAAGUACGAGUAUGAUGGAGAGCAUACUAGAUUUGUAAAAGGAUCUGCUUUAUGUGCAUUGAAUGAGCCAGAUUCUGAAUACGGGAUUAAAAAAAUUCAAGAACUGCUUGAUGCAAUGGACGAUUCAUUGGUAAUCCCUGAGAGGCCAAAGGACAAGCCAUUCUUUUUAAGUGUAGAAGGAAGCUAUAAUAUUGCAGGAAGAGGGUGUGUGGUCACUGGAACAAUUGAGCACGGAGUUAUCAAGCCAGGCGCUGACGCUGAUCUAAUUGGGAUUAAAAAAGACCCAGUAAGGACUGCUGUAAUCAGUGUCGAGACAUUUAAGAAAACAUUAGAUGUCGGAGAGCCCGGCGACAAUGUAGGUGUGCUAUUAAGAGGCUUAAGAAAAGAAGAUAUUCAUAGAGGGCAAGCUGUAACACCACCUAAUUCAUAUCAAACUAACUUUAACUUUGAAGGGCAACUCUACGUCUUAAAAGAAGACGAAGGUGGAAGAAAAAAGCCAUUUUUCUCUGGAUUCGCCCCUCAAUGUUUUAUUAGAACUGCUGAUAUCCAGUCUAAAAUCAUGUUCCCAGAAGAGAAAAAAAUGGCUGUAGGAGGUGACCACUUUGCAGCAAAAUUCAAGCUUCAAAUGCCGCUGCCUCUGUAUGUAGGAGCUAGAUUUGCCCUGAGAGAAGGAGGAAAAACAGUUGGAGCUGGAGUUAUUACCAAAUUAUUGCCUGAUGAAGAUGAAGAUAUCCAAGGAGAAAAAAAUAGAAAGAAAAAGGCAGGACCAGGAGCAGGAGCAAAAUCUCCAACUAAGAAGUAA